CCAGGUUUUGGGCACGUCUCGAAGACACGUGAAGAGUGCGCCGGAACCGAUGUGUGACUGCGUGACGGGUCUCGAGAUUAUUCUCAGCUGGUUGAUUCCCGCCCACUGGGGAGAGAAGGAACCCAAGUAUGCUGUCACGAUGGGCAAUCUCUUGGUCCACUGUCCGCCUGUGGAGUACAAGGUCGACUCGCGUAAGCUGACGAGGAAGGACUUUAGAAAACUCGCGAGGCUUGUCAACGACGAUGGCUCCGUGAUCGACGAGGCGGCCUUCCGAGAGGUGGCUGAGGCGAUCGGAAAGAAGCAUGGAAACCGCCGCAGGUCAGCGAACCAUAACUGGUACUCACAUUUAGAGUGGCUGAUUGCCGCCCUGUGUGUGUGUUUGUCAGGCCCUCAGAGAGCACCGAAGGCCGAGGCGACGAUGGCGUCAGGUAAGGACACACAGUGACUGGCUGACAUAUCGCCUGUUGACACAUUCUGGUUGUCUCGUGCUGCCUGUAUAUGUGUUAUUGUGAGCAGGACAGCGCGGGAGUCGGCCACCUCGACAAGUGCGGCAGCGGAGGAUGCAGGUGUGCAGCUGACGACACCUCUGCUGGACUCCACCGACUCAGCACCGUUUGGCCCUCCCAACGACGCAGCUGCUAAGCUGAAACAAGAUCCCGUUCAGAAAGAUGUCGUGUGA